CUUCAAUGCUUGCUUCCCAUUAAUCUCAACUUUACAGCUUCGAUCGCUUAGUCUAUCUGCUCUAUACUGCUACGAUCAUCUUCAGAGGCAAUACGAUCUUCCAAUCGAGGCAGCCGUCAUCUGUCUUGCCGAGGGUCGCUUGUCGCUAUUCACAAAUCCAUUCAGAACGCAACACCUUGAUCAUGUCCUCCAGCACUCACAACUCCGACGAGAAUCUACCGUCCGCCGGCGAUCAUGAAACCGAUUCAUCAGGCAUGGCAUCAUCAUCACAAACGGCUCAGGCUGAGGCACCGCCAAGCGCGGAUGAGCCGCAAGCAGCUGCACCGGACCCGACUCUGGACUUUACAUUCGACACUGGCAAUAUCCGUCUCUUGAUCAAGCGCAAUGGACAGGUAGUGGAAGGAAAAGCUUCCUCCGACGCUUUAUACCUUGCAAGUCCUGUCUGGAAAAAAUUCUUGUUCCCUCCUUGGCAAACGGACGAAGAGCUCCGUCACAGCGUGAAACAGAUCGACUGCACCGGGAAUGAUAGUGAAGCUUUAUUGAUUCUUCUCAAUAUAGCUCACUUGAAAUUCCAUAAAGUACCGGAACACCUCGGUUAUGAGACACUUCUCAACAUUGCAACCCUGUGCGACCAGUAUGAUUGCAUCCAUCUUUUGCGACCGUGGCUCGUGCAUAAUCUGUGGCUGCAAGGCGAAGAAGAUGCCUCCAACCUAUCGUUCAAGAAAGGACAAUAUGGGUGGCUGUUCAUUGCAUGGGUAUUUGGCAGGGAAAAGAUUUUUGAAGACCUUGCUGUUCAAAUGGUGACCACAAUACGCAUCAACGCCAAUCAGGCAUGGAGAACAUUUACACCUCUGCCUCCGAACAUCAUAGAGAGCAUCUUGUCCUGUCGCAUAAAAGUCAUUGCCUCGCUAUUGCAGAUCCCAUACCAGGUGCUAGACCGAUACGAAGUCAUAUAUCGAGGAAACUCAUUAUCGCGCCGACGGAAGAACACAAUCUGUGCUGAGAAGAAAUCGACGAAUUGCUGUGACGCAAUUGUCUACGGAUCUGUCGUACUGGGCCUCCAAUCCGUUGGACUUUUUCCACGAAAACUCCCACAAGAUCUUAGUAGAAGUAUUGUACAACUCUCACACGAAUUGAGGAUGGUCGAUAUUCAUCAUCUUGAAAGGGGUUCCCACUACGACUGUGGCACUGACGACUUUAUGGAAUCUGUUGACGACGCCCUGACCAGAAUCUGGAAUCCCGUCUUGGAUUCUCACCGGGUGCAUAUGCGAGGUCAAAAUGAACGGCUUCACCGAUGAGUGUCAUCGACCCCCGCAUUACACUAUUCUCUACUCGGGCCAGCGCCAGGCUUUAUAAAGUGAUGUGGUGUGUUCGAAAAAUCAUAUUUAGCAAUGCUUGCAGAUUCUAUCGAGACUUCGAGGCAUCUGACGGACGACUUGGUACGCAGCUUUGCUUCUUUAGGCUUCGUAUCUGGUCGAUAUACAUCCAUAAAGACCUGAAAAGUAGUUGGUAAUGAUUGAAUUGAAAUGAUUGGGCAGGGGGUAGAACCUGGGUUAAGAUGUUAUCUUGGGCCCGUAUUGAACUUUCUGUGCACUUCCAGUGAACGGGACCCUUGUAUUAUGUUACCUGAAUGUCACCAUUCUAAAUGUAGAACUUCUCAAAGGUGUAUGAGCACGACUUGGG